AUGGAAAAGCUGUAUGAAGAAAUAGUUAAUAGUAAAAAAGAAAUAAAAAACGCCAUUGAAGCCAGUGAAGUCAGAUUGUUAAUGAAAAUAGAAACAUUCAGCGAAAAAAUAAAAAAACUGGAGAAAGAGAAUACGGAACUCAAAGAAAAAAUUGAAACACUUGAGAGAAACGGAAAAAAGAACAAUAUCGUGGUGUUUGGAUUGACAAAAAAAUUUGAGGAUCUUUCCGUCGACAAUAUUUGCAAUCAGUUGAAUAAAAUAUUGGAUGUAGAAAUAAACAUAUCAGAUAUAAAUAAUUUGUACCGUCUUGGAAAGGCAGAAAAUAGCCCAAUCAAAAUAGAAUUUUUAUCAACAUUCACAAAAAUCAACAUUUUGCGAAACUGUAAAAAGCUGAAAGGAACCAAUAUAACUAUAUCUGCCGAUCUUACCAAAACUCAGCAAGAAAGGAUUAAAAUCUUGAGAAACUUCCUCACAAAACUACGAUCUACAGGUGAAAAUCGGUGCUACAUAAAAGGGGAGAGGCUCUACAGUAAUAACACGGUGUACACAGUAGAAGAUAUUUUGGAAAUUGAACAAAGUAGUGAAAGUUCUCAAGUAAUAAAUAGUGCACCUCAGACGCCUUCAAGACCUGAUUUUUUAUUGAAAACCGUUUCUGAAGAAAAGAAAGUAGUCCUGGACGAAGAAAAAAACAAGGAAAAAGAAGAAGAGGAGAACCUGAAGAAACAAGAGGAAAAGGAAGAAGACAAAGACAAGAAAAAAACCUCAGCAAACAAACCAACUGUAAACAAUGUGAAAAUCAUUGUUGGAGUGACAUUCGUGUUCAUCAAACAACGAAAUUGUUUUAAUUUUCCAGCUGCACCAACAGCGCAAAGUGAAACAAACCCAAAUUUGGAAAUAAUUGGUGGCCAUGACGCAAACAUCACCGACUACCCCUGGCAAAUAUCAUUACAGCAUAGGCAAAGUCAUUUCUGCGGUGGAUUUUUGAUAUCCGAAAAAUGGGUGGUCACAGCUGCACACUGCUUCAUCGAAGGAUACAGCGAUAUCGAAAAUCUCUUAGUUCGGGCAGGAUCAUCAGAUUGGAGCAGAGGUGGCAAACUUCAUUUUUUGAACAGGUACAUCACGCAUCCCCAAUUCAAUAUUAGCACUGCGGACUACGAUAUCGCUCUACUUGAACUGGACCCCCCGCUCAUUCUCAAUCAAUCAACCAGACCAGCCAGACUACCUGAAGCCGGACAGGUGAUCCCCGAUAAUGCUCAACUCACCAUCACAGGAUGGGGUGCCACGUACGCUGCGGAUUAUGUUGUUUAUGAUCUCCAAGAAGUCACCGUACCUACCGUCAACAGAAAUGUAUGUCAAAGUGCUUUAGCAAAUGAUACAAUCACCAACAAUAUGUUUUGUGCUGGCUUGAUUGGAGUUGGCGGUAAAGAUUCAUGUGACGGAGAUUCUGGUGGUCCAGCUAUGAUCAACGGUCAAGUUGUUGGUAUCGUCUCAUGGGGAUAUUCAUGUGCUGAUCCUAGAUAUCCAGGUGUAUAUGCUAGAGUUUCCGCCUUCAGGGACUGGAUUCAUCAAAAUACUGGAAUUUAA